CCGAGGGAUUGCCUGGAUGUUGAGUUACUGAGUAAAAGUAGAAAAAAGUUCAUUUUAUGUUUUCACAAAAAGAAAAUGAAUUAAAGGGUGUUAAUUUCCCUGGAUUCUUGUUGUUUUACGUAAAUCAGUGCAACGCCAAUGAUGAUGGAUUGUGAGCCGAGGCCGCAGCAAGUUGGCGAAAUUCUUGUCCAGGUUCAGGAGGAUUUGCACCACUUGAAGGAGAAAUUGUUAGCCCAGGGAGAUGGGAAAGAGGUGGACUUAGCCCAGCUUCAGAAUGCCAUCAGUAAAACAGAGGAUGGCAUCCGGAAAAGGACAGAAAUUGUUUUGAACCAGAUCAACAGACAGGUUAUUACAUUGCCGUCUUUAGAAGCCCAGCAACAGCAGUAUCAUCAGCGGACUCAUGAGAACCCCCCAGUUACCAUGGAAUCAACAUUUGACCUGAAGGCUGGAAUGGGGCUAAAGAAACCUACAUCAUACGACACAAGAAAUGUGCCUUUGUCUUUGGGAUUGAAUAGGGUACCCUCAAAACAGCAGCAAUCGAUACAGAUGACUGGUUUAACUCCAGGUCAAAUGGCUCGUCAUUUAUGGAGUAUAAGAGCGAUUGGUAACCCCCAGAAUGUCUGCAAUAGACAGGUUCUCAAUGAUCAGUAUGGCAUCCAGCUUCCUUUGCUUCCACAGAAGACCCAAUCUAAGCACUCCCAGAAAGUAGUGCUUGGCACAACAGUGGAGCCCCUCACAGUACUUCCAAAGGCCAACAGAGUGGAUAACCAGUUGGAACCUCCUCCAAUCAGCGAGGAAGAUGCAAGACGGGGUAUCUUAAGCCUGCUGGAGCGUGGGUUAAUUCCUCCUGCCUCAGAGUUGACCCUUGACCCCUCACCUGUAGGGCACAAAUUGGUCAAGCUUCAUGAACCACAGGAGAAAGAGUUUAACAGAUUUAAGCCAAUUACUGAUAUGGCUAACAAUCUGGCGGGUGUAAAGUUGGAUGUGAGUUCUAGACCUGGCCAAAAGGAAGACUAUGGAGACAUUGUGAGGAUACCUGUGGUGCCGCCUCGUCUCACGCCCACUCCUGAGACCAGGGCCAUGUCGGGCAGAACUAAUUGCUCUUCUAAAACCGCCAAGACCUCUGCAACAUUGAAAACUUUUGACAUGCCUCUGCAACCUGUGAUUUCUUUACCAUGUCUCCCAGAGAUAAAGCAGCCACCUCCAACCACACCAGCUGUGGAUGAUGAUUGCAAAUCCGCCGCACACAGGUUUGCAAUUCAACAUGGACGAACACGGGACGAAGCAGCAGACUUCUUGGCAUUUAAACAGCACUAUUGUCUGACCUGGGGAAGCAUUGUCACAAUGAUCAAAUACUUGGAGAGGAUGUUGUCUAACUAUGCAGUACCUGUUGCCUUUGUCAAUGGAGACAGACUGGCAGACCUAGCAUUAGAGUUUGAGUUGGAGAAUGCACCUGAAAUCGACAACUUACUCACUGUGAUUUUGAACAGAGAAGAUGUGGAGGCAAUGAUCAGAAAACCGGGUCGACGGUUUAAAGGGACCAAUGGGGUGUCUCUGGCAGCAGCACGCAUUCAGAGCACAUGGAGGAAGUAUGUGGCGAGGAAGCAGUACCUGGAAUACCGUAAAAAGAAGUGGGCAGCCGGUGUUAUUGCUAUUUCCUGGAUCAUGUCAAUCAAAAUGGCUAAGGUCAGGAAGCAGUUGAAAAUUACCAGAGCUGAUCAGCUGGAAGCCUUCAAAUCUAGAACAAAGAAAUUGUCAGCUUCCUGGGACAGAAUAAAGAACUCACGCCGUGUGAUUAUUCAUAUUCCGUCAUUAGGCCUUAACCAGAGCAUUCGGGACUCCAUCAACGACUUCAAUGUCAGGCAAAACACUCAGAUGUCACGUCUUUGUGACAUCAAAGAUCCAAAUGUAGAUGUGAUAUUUAUCUCCCCUGUGCCAAUGAAUGACGAGACUCUGCAAUAUUACAACAAGCUGAUAGGACUUAAAACAGCCAUUGAUUCUGGCAACGUGGAUGACCAAUCAGACCUCAGCGACAGAUAUCGUAUUAUUGUCCCAGAAGCCAUAAAGAGUUUUCCUGCACAUAGAAUGUGUUUAUCUACAAUCUUGAAGUACAGCCCACGCACCCUAAAGCGUGUUAAGAACCUGAUCCGUGGUCGGGAUGCUUACAUCGUGACAGGUGCUCCUCACAAGGAUGACUUAUACCUGUCUGACCACUUGGAUGUCCCUCUUCUCUCUCCUGAGCCAGAUAUUGCACAUCUGUACUCGACCAAGUCUGGCAGUAAGCGAAUCUUUUCGAGUGCUAAAGCUGACAUGCCUCCCAGCGAGUAUGAUGUGUACAGUUUACAGCAGUUGGAGGAGUGCUUAGCUCAGUUGGUCACUGAAAACUUACUGGUUCACCGAUGGCUGUUUAAACUGGACAAUGAAUUUGAUGGGCGUGGCAUAGCCUACUGUGACAUCGCUGCCCACCUGCGGUGUUAUAAGUGGGCACUGAAGGAAUCAAGACGCUAUGGAGAGAAGUGGAACAAGAAGUGGGCACAGGAAGCCGCGUACAUCAAGAUUCAUGCUGAGAUUCCAGCCAUCCUGAAGACAUUUGCCAAGCCUGUGAAUGAUAAACUUUUCCCAUCCUGGGAAAAAUUUCUUGAGGCCUUCCUAGGACAAGGUGGUGUGAUUGAGGCUUGCCCGCCAGCAGAAAGCAUGACGGCCAUCUCCGUAGACAUGCUGAUAGAGCCCAAUGGGGAGAUAACCAUGGUGUGCUGUGGGGAUCAGAUACAUGCAGAGACACCCUUUGCUUGCUGGGGGGUCUCAGUACCACAGGCAUCUGUGGAACCUGAUAUUCUCAAUGAUACUUGCAAGAGGAUUGGGAUGGCCUGCAAGUCAAGGGGAGUUAUGGGAUACUUUUCUGUUGACUUUGUGACCUUCAUUGACUCUCAGACGAUGGAACAAAAACUGUGGGCUAUUGACCUGAGCUUGAUGUACUCAGACAGCCUGGCCAUGUUUAGACUGAUGGAGUUUGUCAGCCAAGGUGUUCUGAACACUAAAACUCAUGUGUUUGAUGUGCCCACUCCCAAGGAGACCAAACCUAAGAAGAAGAGGAUUUUGGAGGGAAUGUGUGAGGAGCCGCCCAAGAACACAAACCGCUAUGGUGUGAUGAGUGCUCGACUACUGCAUACAAACCUGGCUGUUGUUCACUACAGUGUUUACUUCCAGAUGUGCCGGGCACAUGGCAUUGGCUUUGAUAUACAGGAGAAGCAGGGAACAGUCUUCACCCUAGUAGAUAGUUUUAAUCGGGAAAAACUUGGCAUGUUAACUCUAGGGGACAAUUUACAGGGUGCCCUGGCCACAUUCGCGCGGAACAUGUCUGUCAUUCACCAGGAGAUAUCAGCACCCAACAUGCAGGGAACAACAAAUUUCAAGGAUGCAAUAGAAGAUAUUGAAGGCAUAUUGGGCACAACUGUGCAAAAUGCUGAAGAUAUAGAGAAUAAACUCAAGCUAGAUCCUAAAGAUGAGAGGCGUUCUGAUUCAACAACGCGGUCUCUGUCCGCUGACUGCCAAUGAACAUGUUGAGAACACUGAGUUGGAUAAUUGGCCAGGCAACCACAAUAGAAGGCGGGAGAAGUUCGCUGAUUGACAGCUAUGACAUGGAGUGGAAAUUUUGAACAUCUGUGCUCAGAAGGAACAUCCUGCUAGCUGUCAAAAAUCAGAACCUUUUACAAAUACAAGUUUAUUAUAGGUAGUAAUUUCAAUCAAACCUGAAUAGCAUCACCCGCUAGAUGAACGAAAUAUAAGAAAAUGUUUUUUUCUUAUUUUUUAUAUUACUCUUGUUAAUAUGUGGCCAUGUAAUAUCCUAGAUAUGUUCCGUGUAAAUAAGACAACUGAAACAAGUGUGGUAUGUGCUGUCGUUUCAAAAGCAUUCCCCUGCUCUUAAUGUAUUUGUGCUGCAACAGGCAAUACCCAUUAUAUUUUUGACGUGAAGUUUUGUUUGUAAAAUCUGCAUUUAUGUGCCUGUACGCAUUCAUCUUCCAGCUUACAAACAUAAUGAAGGUAAUCAUGUAUGUUUGCAAUGUAUAUAUGCAUGUCAGAAUGACAUAUAUAACAUAAUGUAUUCAAUGGUAAAACAUUUUUCAUUAAUGUUUGUGCAUAAAUAUGUCCAUUUGUUGACAUCCUUCAUUGAUGCUUGUAUAUAAUGGCUGGGUUUUUUUUUCUUCAACUGAUUGAGAGGAAGUGCACCUGUGCAGAAUAUUUUAUUACAACUCUGAGUGAAUAUUGUUUUUGUUUUUUACACACGGAAUUUCAACAUUUAUAUUUGAAUAAUCAUUUUGUCUGGCGAUAUUUGUGAACAUCAGUGGUCUUGUUGGCCUUAUUCUGGCUAAAUGCUGUCAUGUGUAUAUUUAGCUGUGAGAUUUUGUUCAUCAUUGGAAAUUUUAAUUAAACAUAUAUGUAUGUAUAA